AGGGGAGCCGCGGGCUCGCGGGGCGGCCGGACCAUGCAGUGGAUGUGGAAUCAGGUUUCUCCUUCCUUGAGCUAGGUGAGCUCGGGCAGUAGUCACUGGAGCGAGUGAGUGUUUAGGAUAGUGGUGUUCCUCUCCCUCCCCCCCGGUUUUGUCAUCUGUAUGAUGGUGCAGCGGUAGGAGCACCGAGCUCGGAUCGGGAAGACCGCUUCCUGAGUUCAAAUCAAGCCUCGGGCGCUCGCUGGCUGUGUGUAUUGUAAACUCGUAAAAUGAGCAGAAGACAACGGCAAGCUCCUCCGGCAUCUUUGCCCACAACCCCCAAAAACAACCGUGGGAGGGAUGGACUGGGCGGAGUCUCGGGGUGCUGGUCCUGGAGUUUGGGAUCCCGGGAGCCUUUGGAUCUCCGGCUUGGGCGAAGGGAAGGAGGGUCCUUUAAGUGGUAGGGUCCGAAUUCCCAACUCGUGACUUAAUCCCAACGUCUCCGUCCCCCCUACCCCCCACCCCCCACUUCCCGAGAGCACGACCUUCAGAGCUCAGUUGUAUAACGGGCUCUGGUCGUUGGGGCAAGAGGAUGGAGGAAGAAGACGGCUCGCCCGUGGUGAAAGCCGGAUCACAGCAGCAAACCUUUGUUCGGACGAUCGAAGCCCCGGAAGGCUCUUUCCAGAACUCGACCGAAGAGUCCGAAGAUUCCACGUUGGAGGAAAGCCUCGAUUCCCAAAAGAAACCGCGGAAGCAUAGAUUCUCGUUAGUCCAGCGUAUAAGCAAGUCGAGUAGGGAACGCGACAGCAGCGUAGACUCCGGCUCCAGCAGGGUUGCACCCCAUAACUGGGGGGAGCCAAACGCCAUCAGAGACGAGGGCCCGUUACAGUUUGCCCCCGGGCCGUCCAGUGGCUCGCUCGAGGGGCUCGCCCCCCACGAGCAGCCCUCAGCCUCGACCUCUCAGAACAUCGGAGACGAAGAAAGUAAGAGAGACUUGCAAUUCCAGAAUUUGUUGGAGUCGCGCGAUACUAUGCACCGCGCCUACUGGGCAGAGCUGCAGAACCGAGUGCCUCUGCCUCUGGCUCACCUCAUGGAGGAUGAGGCGCUGCAAAUCCUUACCAAGAGCCUCAAAAGUUACCGCAAGGGGAUCGGGAAGGACCACAAGCUGACCCAGCAGCUGCAGCGGCACGUGGAGAAGUUGCGCAGGAACCAGAAGUAUCGCCAACUCACCUGAGCACCUGGUGUUCCUCCCACCCCCUCCCCGGGAACCCCGCCCCGCCGGGCGCUGGCCCCGCCCCGCAGGACUCCGCCCUCCCCGAUAAAUAAAGGCGCUCCGCCCUCUGCUCUGCC